AUGGAUCUUAAAAUUUUUAACCUGAUUGUUGAAGCACUCUCCUCUGAGAAGGCAAUGCUGCUGUUCAGAAUUGAGGCAGUUUCGAAGCAGCUGGAUGAAAACAAAUCGGCUGAUUUUCCCAGUCCCUCAUCAAGAGAUGACUUAGAGUCAGGAAUUUGGGAUAUUUCGAACUCCAAGUUGAGGCCUCUGUUUGAAGAGAAAAUCCGAUCUGGGCAGCAACAUAUAGGAUCAUUGGUUCAGCAGUUGGAUUCAAUCUUCUGUGCCGGUGCUGUGUUUCUAAAAAGAAACUCUACUGCAAGAUCCGGGUCUUUUGUUUACCUUGUAUGUCUGCAUCUCUGGGUCAUGUAUAUUCUAAUGUCUCAUUCUCCAGUGUCCGAUGAGGCCAGAUCUGGUGCUGCUAUUUCCUUGGAGAAUAUCAAUAACACUGGAGGAGUCUGA